AUGCGGCUGUCUCGCAGUCUCGCUAUCUUUGCCCUCGCAGUCGGCUCGUGCAGCGCAGAUGCAUAUUUCUCGGAAGGCUGGAAGCCUGGACAACAGGUGCAGCGCGAGACCCAGGCUGCAUCCGCCACGUAUGUGCCCCAGCCGUCUCAGACAACGCAAGCUGGUGCGCAACCCCCCAAGGCAACCCCGUUCAGCUUCUCCAGUCUAUUCAGCAUCGAUAAGCUGUUGACUUCGGAGCCUGCGGUGGCCCUGUUCAACACAUUCGGUAUCAAUAUCACAGAGAGAGUCAAUGCUGUGGUCAACGUCAAACUAUGGGACGAGCGAGUACCGCUUAUCACAGACGACAACUACCAGGACUUGAUCGUCAACGAACCUCUGACAGAACAAGAAGCCGAGGACAGAGUGUGGGUCCUUGUCAUUACUGUAACUGCUUCAAGACAAGAGGGCGUCUCCAAAUUCAUGGACGAAGUCUUCGACGAUGCCUUUAAUCAAACACAAAUUGCUGGCGAUCUUCCUAACGUCAAAUGGGGCCGUAUUGAUUAUCUCAACGUUACGGCAAUAACCACAAAAUGGGGUAUCUGGCAAGCACCAUAUCUUGUUAUCCUGAAAGACCGUGGCCAGAGCCUACGGUUCUAUCGCCCAUACCAAAUCCGCCUCCGCGCAGAUGCCCUCCGCGAGUUCCUCAAAGUUGAAGGCUGGCAAUACACCAAACCAUGGUCAAGUUCUUUCUCUCCUGGAGGCAAAAACGAAUUCAUCAUGGAGUUCAUGGCGGUUUGGUUCACCAAAAUUUACAACUACGCAGUCCGCAUCCCGAAAUGGAUGAUGGUAAUGAUUUCGGGAGGUGUCGGGUCUCUUAUUAUAAGUCUCCUCCACCGACCUUCGGUCAAGAAAGCAGAGGCUGAGAAAGCAGCUAAAGCCAAAGCUCAAGCUCGCGCAUCUAAACCCAUUGCACCGCCUCCAAAAGCAUCCACGCCAGUCGUUGCGGCCGAGAAGUCUGCUCCCAACACUGACAGCGAAGUUGACGCCUCAGCUCCUGCACCGAGACGAACAAGCGCCAGGCAGCGCAAGAAUAAGAAGUAA